AUGCCUAAUGAAUCUAUAGACAAUUCAGGUGAAGUUGUCUUUCUGCAACCUAAUAUUGAUCAGAAACCACCUCCUCCGCCACCAACUUCAAAUACUAAUUUUCUCACUCAUGUCAGGUCUCGCCUGCCAUCACGGUCUGUUUCCCCCUAUGCAUAUAGAACUCGAUCUGAUGAUAGGCAGCCCAUUGCAUAUUCCGGCGAUAAUAAUACAAUAAUCAGAGAAACAGCUAGAUCAGAAUUAAUUACGCGGCAUCAAUUACAGAAUGUCCAUCUGGAUCAAAGUCGUCGAGGAAGAAGUAGAUCACGAGAAAAGAAGAAAGUUGAUACAAAACCACAUGUAAUCAGUCUAAUGGGAUUUGACACUACAACGACACUCAAGAAGAAAUAA